CUGGAAGCGUUGUUGACAUCCGCGGAGGCGGCGGUGGCUGACUGAGCGCGGAGUCUCCGCCGCUGCAAUGGCAGAGGUGGAAGAAACUCUAAAGAGGAUCCAGAGCCAUAAAGGGGUUAUUGGAACAAUGGUUGUAAAUGCAGAAGGCAUUCCAAUCCGAACCACCUUGGACAACUCGACAACAGUUCAAUAUGCAGGUCUUCUCCAUCAGCUGACGGUGAAAGCCAAGAGCACCGUCCGUGAUAUCGAUCCUCAGAAUGACCUCACUUUUCUCAGGAUCAGAUCAAAGAAACAUGAAAUCAUGGUAGCUCCAGAUAAGGAAUAUCUUCUGAUUGUCAUUCAGAAUCCAUGCGAGUAGACCUUCCACCACCAAGUCUAUCCUCACGACACUGAGUUGGAAACACUUCGCGACACUGAGUUGGAAACACUUCACUCUUUAGUGAUUCCUAAAAUUAUAUUCCAGUCUGACUGGGUCUUUGGACAUUCUUUUCUAUUUUUACAUCUAAACUAUUCUACAUGUCUUUUUAGUCCCUUUUGAUUGCAUUGUGAACCUGUACUUUUGCUAUAUAAUAAAUUCUGGUAUGUAUGUCUCUA